CAGGCGAUUCCGGUCACUCCUUUGUACAGUUAGCUUACCCGAGGGUAUUAUCCCUCAGUCCCUCCCUAGUUUUGUUUCCCUUGCGUCUCCCAUCGCCAUGCGUUUCUCCGCUGCCGCCCUUCUCUGGGCGGCUUCUGGAGCUGUCGCCGUCCCGGCUGCCCAACAGCCGGCGAACUCGUCCAUCGAACGGCCGGGCGGCUUCGAGGUCACCAUCGUCUACGCCCAGCCUCAAGACGGCUGCCCUGCCAAGAAGCCGGAAUGCCCUCCUGAGGAAGUCUUUGGUCGCCCCACAGCCAAGCCUUCGUCCUCCUCCUCGAGACAAAGCAGCUCUUCGUCUUGGGGCAGCAAGUCGGGCCCGAUCCUCUCGCAGGAGGCUGAGGCCAUCAAGCUCAAGCCCGCCAUCCACUGGGGAACUGAUACGUCCAAGAUCAGCAACGUCGUUCCUGUGGAUGUUGGAAGCGGCAACCAGCUGUACUAUGGCUCGCCUGACCCGCGCAAGUCUGGAUAUCUCGGUUUCCUGACAUACCACUUCAGCGCCCCGUCCGUCAACCUGGACAACUGCGGCUAUGUUACCAAUGUCGCCUGCACGGCCACCGGCUGCGCUGUUUCCUUCUCUAGCAAGGUGGCCUACGACCGCGCUGUCAAGACUUGGGACUCCAACCUCAUCCUGAUCGCCUCCACCAAAGGGUGCGCGGGCCACGCCAACGGACGGCUCGUCAUCAUGGUCAAGGGUUCCUUCAAGGACCCUGAGACCAUUAUGGACAAGGCAGAAGCGAACUGGGGGUGGUGGGAGCCGAACCGCGCCCCGAGGCCCAGCGGCGACUCGACAGCUUCCGCGACGUCGGUCCGUUCCGCCACUCUCGCUCCCUCCCCGACCUCUUCCAGCGGUCCCUCCGGAGGAAAUGCUGCCUCGUCCUCUGGAACCUUCUCGCACGCCAGCUCGGUCACUUCCUCCCGCGCCCCUUUCCCCACCGGCCGCGCAGGAUCCAACUCCACCUUCACCACGACUGACGACGGCAACUCGACGAGCAACUUUGGAGAGACCGGCGCUUGCUACGCGCCUGAGGACACCAAGUACGGUCUCCCCACGGCGUGCUGGGGCGACUACUUCGAUGCCGAUCUCGACGAGAACCUCGGAGACGCGGGCGGCCUCAGCGCUAGCUUUAACGAGUUUGUCAAGAUGAUGGCGCCCGGGAUGGACAUGGAUGGCAUGGAUCUGGCAAAGAGGGAUGCGGAUGGGCUGUCUGAGAUCGACCACCUCAACAUCAAGCGCUGGGGGUGGCUCAAGAAGCUCGCCAAGACGUUUGUCAAGGUCGUCACGGCCCCAAUCACGUACCCCGCCUCGGCCAUCAUCCUGAUCGCCAACGGCGGCAAGCCCCCGACGACGACGCUCAACAAAGACAUCACCUUCCGCCUGCCCGACCCCAGCAAGCCCGGCUCAGACGCCAACAAGCUGCAGGGCGGCACCAAACAGGUCACGUCGUCGUGGGGCGACGCCAUCCUCAUCAAGUCGUUCGGCGACCAGAGCGCCGUCGAGGCCGGCAAGGAGGGCCUCUCGGGCUACAUGAACAUCUUCUGUGUCGGCUGCGGAGCCUCGGGCUCCAUCAGCAUCACGGGCAAGGUCACCUGGCUGCCCACGGGCAUCAUCUCGGCCACGGUCGACGUCAAGGCCGACGCCGAUAUGAAGCUUAAGCUGGGCGUGGACGCGCAGAUCCGGUACGAGAAGAACAUCAAGACCACGCUGCUGCGCGUCGGCCUGCCCGGCCUCAGCUACGGCGUCAUCACCAUCGGCCCCUGGGUCGAGGCCGGCGUGCGCGUCGGCUUCACGGCCCUGGCCAAGGGCCGUCUGCUCGCCGGCGCCGAGAUGGGCCUGGCCGGCUGCAGGGCCACGCUCGACCUGCUCGACUCGUCCAAGAGCAACAAGGCCGGCUGGGAUCCCAAGUUCAACCCCGUCUUCGAGGCCGAGGGCGAGAUCGUCAUCUCGGCCGAGCUCGGCCUGCCCAUCGGCAUCAAGCUGGGCAUCGCUGUGCCGGGCUUCAAGCUCGACGGCGGCAUCGUCGACGAGCCCUCCAUCAAGGCCACCGCCCAGGUCGCCGCCUCGGUCAGCCUGACCCCGGCCGGCUCCUUCUCGGCCGGCUUCAAGGAUGUCAACUGCUGCACGGGCAUCUGCACGCAGAUCAGCUGGAGGAACGUGCUUUUCCUCGAGUUCGCUGGCAAGAUGAUGGGCAAGCCCCUGCACGACACUGGAGACAUGAUCCUCGCCCGCGGAUGCAUCAAGCUUCCUGGUCGUCCCGAUGCAGGCUCUGGUUCCAGUUCAGGUUCCGGAACUGGGCCUGGCUCUGGAUCCGAAGAGAACCCUGGUUCAGGCUCUGGCACUGAAACCCCGGGUGCUGGAACCGGCUCGGGCUCUGGGUCCGAGAAUCCCGGGGCCGGGACAGGCUCUGAGAACCCUGGUUCUGGAACUGGCUCAGGCUCCGAGCCAGGCACUGGUACAGGAUCUGGAACCGACCCGGAGGGAACGCACGGCUCUGAGGCUGGCGCAGGUUCGGGCUCAGGAUCUGGCUCUGGCUCUGGAUCCGGGCCCAGCGGUCCCGACCCCACCGGUUCUGGCACCGAACCCAACGACUCCGCCUCCGAGCCUAGCGGCUCUGGCAACGACGCCAGCAUCGAAACGCGCGGCACCGCCUUCCCCAAGCUUCGCCGCGCCACAACCAAGUUCGGCAACGCCACGGCCGCCCCCUCCAACGGCACCAUCCGCGACAUGACCAGCUCCGUCAAGUCCAACGUCACCGAGCUGACCUACACGCCGACCUCGAUGCCCAACAGCCCCUACAACACCAGCAACGGCUACGAGUACUCGCUCCUCACCGUCCGGGACGGCUCCAUGAUGUUCAUCGCCUGCGCCACAGGCGCCAUCUACGCCGUCGACCCCAACGCCGACAUCGAGUACUGCACCGAGAUGUGGGCCACGUACGAGGACAUCGUCGUCGCCGACGGCGCCACCCGCCUCAUUCACUACUACGCCAACACCAUGGCCGCCGUCGGCGUCUCGCGCCUGCUCGUCGGCGACGAGGCCGACAUCCCCAAGCAGGCCGUGCCCGUGGCCCUGUCGCCCGACGACCUCAACGCCGAGGACGGCUACUACUACCUCGCCGUCGACCCGGACUACAACGUCUUCUACCCCGUCAUGUGCGGCUACGCCGACGGCUCGUCCCCGCGCCUCUUCGUCGCCGCCGACCCCGUCAAGGGCGUCGAGAUGCUCGAGAGCCCCGACGUCGCCUACAGCGUCACGGGCGGCAAGGUCACCAAGUGCUACGCCAUGCAGCUGCUGAUGGGCGAGUUCGAGGGCGAGGGCAACAGCUUCGACAAGUAUGUCGACCACGGCGAUUCCGACAAGUACCCCUUUGAUCUCGACCAGACUGAGGGAGGCGAGACUGGGGAUGAACAGUGAGACGGAUUAACCGGUCUUUUG